UUUGUUGCUAUUCCCCUAAACCCUAUCUUUCGAAAUGUCGAUCCAAUACUUGGCCAAUGUGGCUUAUUAUUUCGAAAUGUCAGACCACUUUGAAACUUAUUUCUUACAUACUAGAUCGAUUGAAAGAAGUCUUUGGGUUAUAGUCAACUCAUAAAAUGCUUUCCUAAAGAGAUAUUCUUUCAAUCCGUAAAUAGAAAAGAGGGAGAGAUUCCUAUUUUCCUAAAGACUCGAUGGAUUCUGUUGGAGACUCAAAGUGGUCGGAUUCUUCUUGUGUUGGGUUGAGUUUUUUCAGCAUCAUUAUUGAUUUCUUAUGUUUCAGUUGACGGUAAGCUACAUAUAAGCCCUUGGCCAACAAUCUUGAGGUGGAGAAUGAAGCUCUUCCCGUUGAACCCGAGCUUGUCGGAUCUUUGUUCUCAUCAGUUCUGAAGAACCUGAGCUCCUUUUUCGUCCUUCCAGCAAAGUACUUUACAUGUGAAUUAAAAAAAAUAACUAUUUGAGAUAUCUUAUUAAUAAACAAAUAAUGAGUUUUUACCAAAAAGUCUUCUAAAAUAUAACAUUAUAUAAAUGCCAUUUUAUAUUAUUAAACGUUUAUAGUUUAUCUUAUCAUCUAUUUUUAAAAAAUAUUAUUAUUUUAUAUGAAUAAAACUAACUUUUACCUAAAAAUUAAACUUAAGUUAAAAUAUACAUUUUAGAUUAAAUGAAUGUUUGAUAGUUGUUGAUUAAAUUAAAUUUUAUUGGCCGACCGGAUAAAAGACAUAUCAAGGGAGCCAUAAGGCUAUCCAGAAUGGGCAUUAACCACAUGUGAGUUUCCUAUGUGGCAAGUCAAGUAACGCGUGAACACUACCCUGGUGUCCGGUGGCUUGGCUGUGAUGUGGUUGUGAAGACGGGAGGAAACGACGAAUAAGAAGCAAACAACUUUCAACAGUCAUGAUCACACCCCUCCAUUUCUUCUUUUAAAUUUAAUGACAAAAGAAUAAAUAAAAAAUGAAAAUAUAAAAAUUAUGGAGCAAUAAUAAUUUUCAAAUGCUAGUGGUUUGAACUGAAGUAAUGAAUUGACAACACUUUUUUAAUAGAUUGGUUGUGGACACUCUCCUUAACCUAACCGAGUCUGGUUUCAAGCUUAUAAAUAUGGUAUAAAACAAUCGGAAUUUAAGUCACAUACCAAAUGAAAUAUAUUUUUUUUCAAACAACAACUAAAAACUAAUUAACUUUAAACCAAAAAAUAUAUAUAUAUUUUUAAAAUUUUUAUUAACAUUUAUAUUUACGUUAAGUGAAACUUUUUGGACGGUAGGAUAAUAUUGGAAAUGAAAAUAAAUAAAAUUACCUUGAUAAAACACAAGAGUAGUGACUAGUCUGUAGUCGUACUAUAUAAUAAUUUUGGUGUGUUUGUGUUUGUGUUCAUCCCUCCCACACCGAUUAAAAAGAAAGAGAAGAGAAGAGAAGAUCACACGACUUUUUCUGCAACUAGAAGAGGAACACCAACAGAGUUUUUCUUUUUCUUUUUCUACGAGUAUUUAUUAAUCCAUUUAUGAUCUCCCAGCUUUGUUUAAUUCAAUCCAGUAUCCACCCAACUGUUCUUUGUUGUUUUGUAAGUUAUCAUCAAUUCGAUCCCAUCGAAAGCUAGCUAUUAUAUAUCUACCCAUAAAGAAGAAAGAAGAAUCGAUCCAGAAAAAGGAGAAAGUGAGAGAAACUUACAGAAGAAGAAGAAGAUGGUGUUGGGAUGGAGAAGAGCUUUUUGUACUUCCGUCCCUCGGGAACGUGAUUCAACCUCCAUGACUGAAGAAGAGUUUGAGUAUGAACAUGUUAUUGACAAUGGGAAUGGAAGUAGUUGUGGUACUACGAAAUUGGGUAGAAGAUUUGGGUUCUUUUUGUCUUCUUCAAAUCCAUCUACGCCUCCGCUUCGAUCUCAGUCGGUUUCUAGUCCGAGCCUCCGUUGUCGGACCACCGUAAAAGUACCACCGGCUCCGUCGUCAUCUGUUCCUGUCAGUCCGAAGCUUCAUUGCGAGACGAAGAACAGCCCUCGGUGUUUUCUUCGGUCGUCGACUCCUUCGUCUCCUCGCUCUCCUUCUCCGUUUACUUUCCUCAAAUCGAGUCUUCGCCUUUGCACUCGUAGAUGUGGAUUAUGUUUGCAGAGCGUGAAGAAAGGGAAUGGAAUGGCGAGUUUCACGGCGGAGUGUUCUCAUUGUUUUCACUUCCCUUGCAUCUCCGAUCAUGUGAAGAAACAAGGGAGCCUUGCUUGUCCUGUUUGUAGCUGUUUGUGGAAAGAUAUGCCUCUGUUGUCUGUAGAUGAACAGAAUCAGAAGCAUCAGUUCGUUGAGGAAGAAGAAAGGAUCAGGGAAAAGCUAGCUACGCGAUUCUUCAUGGAAGAUGUUGCUUCCAAAAACGAAUCUCCAAAGCAGCAACCAUUGAAUUUCAAGGUUUAUAACGAUGAUGAGCCAUUAGCGUCACUAACUCCUAAAGCUCGGUUCAUUGCUAUUCCAGAAUCUGAUGAAACUUGCGAUGAAGAAUCUAUCGAUGAGUUUCAAGGAUUUUAUGUUAAUGGAGGUAAUAACACUCCAGUUGAUGAUCAUGCAAGAGAUGUUGAUGUUCGUCUGUUACCGGAUGCGGCAGUGAUCGCAUCUUCACGGAGGCACGAGAGUUACGCGAUUGUUCUGAAGGUAAAAGCUCCACCGGCGCCGGAGAAAACACAACGCAGAGCUCCAAUCGAUUUGGUCACUGUCGUUGAUGUCAGUGGUAAAAUGACAUGUGAAAAGCUACAGAUCAUCAAAAGAGCAAUGAGAUCAAUUGUUUCAGCACUUUCAUCCAAAGAUCGUCUCUCAAUUGUCGCAUUCUCAUCGUACUCCAAGAGGUUAUUACCAUUGAGGCGAAUGACAACGACGGGCAGACGAGCAGCGCGUCGUAUCGUGGAAGCCAUGGCCGUUCUCGAAGGUUCAUCAAAUUCAAAAGACGCCGUGAAGAAGGCCGUGAAAGUUCUAGAAGAUCGUCGAGAGAAAAACCCGGUCGCCACCAUCAUCCUACUCUCCGAAGUUCUCGAUCAAUCAUCAUCCAUUACCUCGGCGCGUUACUCUCACGCGCGUCUCGACAUUCCCAUACAUUCACUCAACCUCGCCGUGACUGAAGUUCACGUAUUCGCGAAAUGCAUAGGAAAUUUGCUCAGCGUGGUGGUUCAGGAUCUGAAACUGCAACUAGGAUUUAUCUCCGGUUCCGCUCCGGCGGCAAUCGCGGCGGUUUAUUCACGUACACCACAACCGAUCGUCCUUGGAUCCGGUGCUGUACAGAUCGGAGAAUUGUCUGCCGAUGAAGAAAUAGAAUUAUUGAUUGAAUUGAAAGUGCCAUCGUCGGCGUUAAGGUCCCACCAAAUACUAUCCGUGCGAUGCUGUUACAGGGAAUCAACAAGUCAGGAGCUCAUCUAUGGUAAACAACAAGCUUUGCUUGUACCUCGGCCGAGCACCGUCCGAUCAUCGUCUCCGGCCAUCCAACGGCUGCGAAACCUUUUCAUCACAACUCGAGCCUUAGCCGAAUCAAAACGGCUAACCGAUCGAAACGAUCUCACCGGCGCAUACCACAUGCUUGUCUCAGCUCGUGCCUUAAUGCAUCAAUCCAAUCCAGCUUGUGGUAACGAAUUUAUGCUCCGUUUAGAAGCGGAGAUAAGCGACCUUCAACGGCGGCGCAAGGUUCAAGCACCGUCUCCGGCUCAGCAAGUUGGACGGAGAGGCAGGGUGGCGGAUGUGGCGGCGUAUACGGAUGAGAAAGGUGAGCCGUUAACGCCGACGUCGGCUUGGAGAGUGGCGGAUCGGCUGGCUAAAGUUGCGAUGAUGAGAAAGUCGGUAAAUAGAGUCAGCGAUUUACACGGGUUUGAAGAUGCGAGAUUCUGAUGAAAAUGAAAAAUGAAAAAUGCAAAUAGUAAUUUUUAUGACUUUGCUUUUAGGUCCUUGUUUUUUCUGUUUAUUACAGUUUUUACCCUCCAAGAAUGCAAAGUUAUUAAAAAAGGAAAAAUAAUAAGUAGUGUGGUCGGAUUGAGUAUAAUAUCGACAAAGGGUACCCGACGAUUUGAGCCUUUUAUAUGUAGCAAACUAGCAAUCAAUUGGAAUGAAAAGGAAAACAAGAGAAUGGGUGACAAAAGCUAUUGAAAUGGAGGGGCCUCUAUGUCUUUUUGUCUUCUUUUAGAAUUCCAUUAUAUGAUGAUUAUAUUUCAUUUGGUUUAAUGGGAAGAAUAGUUG